AGAUGGUAGGAUUUCAUCUGAUGUGUCGGGUAAUGAACAGUCAUUUUCUUCGGAAGUUGCCCAGUGUUCUGUGGAUGUUGGGGCUAGUUUGCGUCUGGUUCCAAAAUUUAAUGAGAAGGAUCCGGACACAUUUUUUAACCUUUUUGAGCGAGUGGCUGAUGCGAAAAAUUGGCCGGAUGCGGACAGGAUUUUACUGCUGCAGUGCGUCCUGACUGGAAGGGCCCAGGAAGCCUAUUCAGCAUUAAGUGGUAGUAGUAGUUUAAAUUAUGAAACUGUAAAAUCGGCUGUCCUAAAAGCGUAUGAAUUGGUCCCUGAGGCUUAUCGUCAGAAAUUUAGAAACUGGGAAAAGGGCGAUAGACAAACUAAUGUGGAAUAUGCUCGUGACCUGUUGUCUCACUUUAAUCGUUGGUGCGCCGCUGCUAAAGUUCACACAUUUGAGGGUCUGUGUGAAUUAAUUGUGUUGGAGCAGUUUAAGAAUUCCAUUCCUCAGCGUGUGGCCACGUAUGUGAGUGAGCAGAAGGCAACUACGGUACUUAAAGCGGCUGAGUUAGCGGAUGAUUUUUUCUUAACACAUAAGGGAUGUUUUGGGGAUGUGAGUUUUGGGGGUGACUUAAGACGUGAAGUAAGUAUGGCAAUUCUCGUCAUAGCGCUCCGUUGAUGGCUGGUCCCUCACAUGUGCCCAAACCUUUGCGCAGUACAGAUGAGAGCAGCAAGGUGUGCCAUUACUGUCAAGAUCCUGGCCACUGGAAAGAUCACUGCCCUGUUUUAAGGUCUAGAAGUAGACGUAAAUCUUUUGCGCAAUCACCUGCUCCUGCUCUGGCCUGCUCCAGUGUUUCAAAACUAAAGCCCAUAUGUGUUGACCUGGGUUCUGGUAAUGGUUUUGAACCGUUUAUUGCUGAUGCGGUGGUGUCUUUGGUUGGUAAGGAGGAGCGUGUGCCAAUAAAGAUUUUGCGUGAUACAGGCGCUAAACAUUCAUUUAUUGUACAGUCUGUAUUGUCUUUUUCAUCUGCUACAGAAACGGGGGAUUUCAUUUUGAUGCAGGGGAUGGAGAUGGGCCUGAUACCUGUACCGCGGCAUAAGAUGAUGUUAGAGUGCGAUUUGGUGACCGGUGUUGUUGCUGUUGGCGUGCGUCCUGCACUGCCUAUCGAUGGUGUAGCGAUGAUUUUGGGGAACGAUCUGGCUGGUGGUGCAGUGUGGGCAGAUGGGCCGCCGUCUCCUGUGGUGGUUUUUAAACCGCUGACAUCGGAUGAUUAUGGUGAAAGUGGUCGGAGUUUUCCGGAGGUGUUUCCAGCCUGUGCCGUAACGCGUGCACAGAGCCGGGUGGCCGCUCCAGGCGCGCCUGAGCCAAGUGUUGACGUAGAGUGUGGGAUUACUUUUCCUACUCUUCCUCCGUCUGUUUCUCGGGAUGACUGGGUGAAAAGCCAGCAGACUGAUCAGUCUUUGCUCAGUUUAUUGAGUGGUGUCCUCCCUGAGAGUGAGAUUAAAAAUGUCGCUCAUGGUUAUUUUUUGCAGGACGGAUUGCUUGUGCGGAAAUGGGUGCCAUGCCACGGAGAUGUUGUCGGUGAGCCGGUGUUUCAGAUCGUUGUGCCUGAGGAUUUUCGUAAUCUGGUGUUGAAAAUUGCUCAUGAUGAGUCAGGACAUCUAGGGGUUUGGUGGUUCCUGAUGGGAAAGUUGAUGGGGGGGCCGAUGUCAGGGAGCCUGAUGACCCGGUGAUUUGUGGUAGGCUAAAAAAUUCAGAGACGCUACAGAAUUUGGAGAGUUUGUUUGUUCAUUUGCCUAAAUCACAAGGUUCUGAACUCGAGAAGUUAAUUAGAAGUUAUCCAGCUCUGUUUGGGGACAUACCAUCGCGCACACACCUAAUAGAACAUGACAUUGAUGUUGGGGAUAGUCAACCAAUUAAACAGCGUUUCUAUAGGUGUGCGCCGCACAAACGUAAAGUAAUGGAGUCUGAGAUAAAAUACAUGUUAGACAACUACAUUGCAGUUCCAUCUACUUCAAGUUGGGCAUCGCCUUGUAUUCUGGUUGACAAAUCUGACAAAUCACCAAGAUUUUGCACAGAUUAUCGAAAAGUAAACAAGGUUACCAAACCAGACUGUUAUCCACUGCCACGAAUGGAAGACUGCAUCGAUCAGGUCGGUUCAGCGCAUUUUGUGAGCAAAUUUGACUUACUAAAAGGUUACUGGCAAGUCCCUCUUUCGCCUCGUGCCAGAGAGAUUUCUGCUUUUGUCACUCCGACUGGUUUGUAUGAGUAUACCGUGAUGAGUUUUGGUUUGCGUAACGCGCCUGCAACUUUUCAGCGUCUUAUGAACAUGGUGGUGUCGGGUCUUGAAGGUUGUGCAGUGUAUCUAGACGAUGUAGUAGUUUUUAGUGAUACUUGGGAAGAGCAUGUCCUGCGUAUCCGUGCCCUGUUCGACCACUUGGCUGACGCGUGUCUCACGGUCAACUUGGCAAAGUGUGAGUUUGCCAGGGCAACCGUGACUUACCUUGGGCGAGUGGUUGGGCAGGGGCGGGUUCGACCCAUGGACAUUAAAGUUUGUUCUGUUUUGUAUUUUCCAGUUCCAACAACUAAAAAAGAACUGAUGCGUUUUUUGGGCUUGGUGGGGUACUACCGUAGUUUUUGUAAAAACUUUUCUACUGUAGUUUCGCCUUUGACGGACCUUCUAAA